AUGGCUGGCAUGGCACGUAGGGAAGAGGGGCAGGCUGCGUGGUAUCCAGAUGCGAAGCGCCUGCGGACCGACGAUGAUGAGGGAGGUGUGUUUCGAUGGAAAAAGAAGGAGGUCGAGGAGCAGCGUGCAGGUCUUUCUCGACAUGACGUCGAACGGCGUGACGCUGCGCGACGUGCCGAGGCUGAGCGCGAGGCUGAGCGGCUGAGAGCGCGUCGUGUUCAGCGCGAAAAUGCACGCCGCGAGCGUGAAGAAGAGGAAGCGCGGCGUGCGCGCCAGGCAGAGUCGGCCGUGAUGGCAGAUUGGGUGGCGAAAGAGGACGAGUUUAUGCUCCAGCAGUCCAAGGCGCGAGCUGCGAUUCGCGUGCGUGAUCACCGAGCGCGACCGAUUGACUGGCUUGUCAUGCCGCUUUUGGAUGAUACUGAAUAUGAUGACGAGGUGGAUGUGCCGCUGAAAGAGCCGACCGCCUAUAUGGAUACACUCGCUCCGAGUGAGCUGCAAGAGCUCCAUGCCGAUAUACAAACGUUUGUGCGUCUCGACGCAGACCGCGCUGCGUACUGGAAAGAUGCGUUGAUCGUAUGCGAUGAUCGCUGCCGUCGCGUCCGGCACCAAGAUCAGACGCAUGUGGACCCCUCGAUCCUGGCAGACGCAGAUGCGCUGCUGGCGGACAAAUCAGCGGACGAGUUGCUCGAGCUACAGACAUCUAUUCGCAGCAAGAUGCGUUCUGGAGAGCCCUUGGAUGUCGAAUACUGGGACAUGAUGCUACAGCGUAUCGUGGUCUGGCGCAGCGUCGCCAAAUUGCGCGCCGUGCACGAAAAGACGGUGCAGGAAAAGAUCGCGAAGCGGCGGCACGAGCAGCGCUGCGAUGCAGAGCGGCAUUGUGCUGAACUGGCAGAGCAGCUCGACACGCCGAGGAAGUACGAUGUGGUAUGGGACGCGGCUGAGAUGGAGCCGCCAGGACGCCCGGUGCAUGAUCUGACGCCGGAGGAGCGUCCGUUACCCAUGUAUACCCCUGCGUCGCUGCGUGCCAAGCUGCGAGAGGCGCGCCGCGAUGUGCUUAGCCGGUCAUAUAUUCCACGGCAGCAGACUGAGUGGCAUCGCUCGUGCCAAACAGCCGAUGACUUUGUGCGUCAAGAGGCAGCACGGGCGAUGGGUGUGAAUGAAGAGGCAUUCCAUGACGAUGUUCGACUCACGCAACAGGCACAUCAUGGGGAGAGCAAGUACCGCAUCCGCAAACCGCGCUACUUCAACCGCGUGCACACGGGCUACGAGUGGAAUCGGUACAACCAGGUGCACUAUGACGCAGAGCAUCCACCGCCCAAGCAAGUGCAAGGGUACAAGUUUCAUCUGUUUUAUCCGGACUUGCUGGAUCCCAUGCAGGCGCCCACGUACCGCGUCUUGCCUGAUCCUGAGGGGCCAGGGGACACUGUGCUGUUGCGCUUCAGUGCGGGCCCUCCGUACGAGGAUGUGGCUUUUCGCAUCGUGCAGCGUGAAUGGGACUAUUCGUACAAACGCGGUUUUCGAAGCAGCUUUGACCGCGGUAUUUUACAACUACACUUCAACUUUAAGCGAUUCAAGUACCGCAAGUAA